AAAUCCCUAGCUCUCUCUCACUCUAAUCUCUCUAUCUCUCAGUUGAAAUCAAACCCCAGACCCCAUUAUUCUUCCCCUCUCUCUCGUAUUCAUGGCUCCCUCUCACUCUAGCUCUCUCUGUCUCUCUCAUUCGAAGUUCACAUUCCAACUUCUAACCGAAGGAACUCGGAAUCAUCUAGCCGAAAGGUAGUGAUUCCAAGAAAGGUGGUGGUUGAGGUUCGCAAGAUGGGAAGAUUGGGUCCAACAAUGUCCUCACGAACUAGUACACAGGGUCACACGUUGCGACUUCUGUCCUUGCCAGAUUUCUUAGAUCGAUCAAUAGGCAAGCUAUUGAAGCUUAAACAAAAGAUUGCUUCAGCCACCUCAGCCAUCAAAUCUGUUUUCGGCCAAGAACAGCCCAAGCAAGAUGAGACUGACAAACUGGAGCGACUAAGGGAGAGGAUGAUCAAAGUGCGGGAGCUUUUUCGGGACACUGAUUCAACAUAAUUUGUUAUUGUAACAAUUCCCAUGGUAAAAUCUUUAGACAUUUGACUUGGUAAAUGGUAUAUUUUGCUUGCUUGCUGGUAUAUAUCAUCUAUUUCUGAAGUAUACACUGAAACUAAUGAACAUGAUUCAUCAUCGACAAAUGCAUAACUUUAUCUCUUAAAAUCAAGGACCUGAUAAAGUUUCUAAAUUCUUUUCCUACCCUCCUUCCGUAGGAUCACCAGAAAAAUCCAUGCUUAAAAAGCUUGCUAAGAGCAAGUCUUGAGAGUUUUGAAUUCAAAUGAUAUUUUGUCUGCAUUUUAACCACAGGUGAUGGAAGUCAAUGAAUCAUCUAGCA